AUGGCGGUGGCACAUGAUUUUGGUGGCGGCGACAGCGAGCUGGAGGAGCAAUCCAACGAGGGGUACCAGGAGCCGGCGUUCGAGGCCUUCAUGUGCCCUCUCACCAGGCAGGUGAUGCACGACCCCGUGACCAUCGAGACGGGGCAGACCUUCGAGCGGGAGGCCAUCCUCAAGUGGUUCAGGGAGUGCAGGGACAGCGGGAGGAAGCCGACGUGCCCGCUCACGCAGGCGGAGCUGCGCAGCACCGACAUCAGCCCCAGCAUCGCCCUGCGCAACGUCAUCGACGAGUGGAGGGCCAGGAACGAGGACAAGGAGCUCGACAAGGCCUUCGCUUCCCUCGCCCAGGCUGUGCCUGCGUCUGUCUCUGUGUCUGCUCAAGACGACGCCGACACCCUGCGCGCGCUCCUCUACGUCUCCCACAUGUGCCACAGGAGCGCCGCCAAGAAGACCCUCGUGCGCAGGCAAGGCGUCAUACCCACCAUCACUGACCUGCUCAAGAGCAGCAGCAGAAGGGUUCGCCUCAAGGCCCUUGAAGUCCUUCGUCUCAUCGUCGAGGACAACGAUGAAAAUAAGGAAGAGCUGGGGAAAGGUGACACCAUACGCACCAUCAUCAAGUUCCUGUCCAGUGAGAAUUUCCAAGAGAGGGAGCUUGCAGUGUCUCUAUUGUACGAGCUCUCCAAGCUCGAUCCUAUAUGCGAAAGGAUCGGCGCAAUCUAUGGGGCCAUACUCCUACUGGUUGGGAUGGUAAGCAGCAAAUCAGAGAAUGGUGUGGCUGUGGAGAAAGCCGAGAACACGCUCAAGAAUCUGGAGAAGUAUGAAACAAACGUCAAGCAAAUGGCUGAGAACGGCAGGCUUCAGCCUCUGCUUACAAAACUUAUUGAAGGCACACCUGAAGUUCAGGUCGCCAUGGCUGAAUACCUUGGUGAGCUUGCGUUGGCGAACGACGUGAAGGUUGUGGUGGCAGAGCAGGUCGGGGCUCUGCUCGUGAGCAUCAUGAAGACGGGCAGCCUUCCGGCGAGAGAGGCCACGCUCAAAGCCCUGAGGGAGAUAUCGUCAAACGAGUCCAGCGCCAAAAUCCUGCUCCAGGCGGGCAUCCUGCCGCCGCUGGUGAAGGACCUCUUCUCCUUGGGCGCCGGCCACCUGCCCAUGAGGCUCAAGGAGGUGUCGGCCGCGAUCCUGUCCAACCUGGUGGCGUCGGGCGCCAGCUUCCGGUCCAUCCCGCUGGACGAGAGCGAGGAGACGCUGCUGUCGGAGGAGAUGGUGCACAGCCUGCUCCACCUCAUCAGCAACACCGGGCCGGCCAUCGAGUGCAAGCUCCUCAACGUCCUCGUGGGGCUCACCGGCUCCCCGUCGACGGUGGCCGACGUGGUCUCCGCCAUCCGGAGCUCCGGGGCCACCAUCAGCCUGAUCCAGUUCGUGGAGGCCGCGCACCGGGAGAUCCGCGUGGAGUCCCUCAAGCUGCUGCGCAACGUGUCGCCGUACAUGGGCGCGGAGCUCGCGGACGCCCUCGGCCAAGGAGGCAGCACCGGCCACCUGGGCAGCCUGCUGGGGGUGGUCACCGUCACCGAAGACCACCGGAGCGGCGUGACGGAGGAGCAGGCGGCGGCCGUGGCUCUGCUGGGCGACCUCCCCGAGAGGGACUGGAACCUGACGCGGCAGCUGCAGGAGCUGGGCGCGUUCCGGGCGCUGGCUACGAAGCUGGUGGAGCUCCGGCGGGGCACGAUCCGCGGCAACCGGCACGUGGCACCCUUCACGGAGGGGGCGGUGAAGGUGCUGUACAGGGUGACGUGCGCGCUGCAGGAAGAGGAGGCGGAGGUGUACGUGGAGCUGGCGCGGGAGGUGGGCCUGGCGCCGCUGUUCGUGGAGCUGCUGCAGCAGAUGAGCAGCGGGCAGGACGCCGUGCUGCUCUACUCGGCCAUGGCGCUGGAGAACCUGUCGCUGCAGUCGGCGAGGCUGACGGACGUGCCGGAGCCGCCGCCGCCUCGGAGCCUCAUGUGCGGGUGCUUCGGGGGCCCCAGGCAGGGGAAGCAGCCGCAGCCGCAGCCGCCCGGGGCCAUGGGGACGUGCCGCGUCCACGGCGGCUUCUGCUCGCUGCGGGAGACGUUCUGCCUCGCGGAGGGCGGGUGCAAGGCGGUGGAGUGGCUGGUGGCGUGCCUGGAGCACGCGGAUGCCCGCGUGGUGGAGGCGGCGCUGGCGGCGCUGUCCACGCUGGUGGGGGACGGCGUGGCCAACGCGACGGAGGGGGUGCUGGUGGUCGGGGAGGCGGAGGGCCUGCGCCCCGUGGUGGAGGUGCUGGUGGAGAACCGGACGGAGGCGCUGCAGCGGCGGGCGGUGUGGGCCGUGGAGCGCAUCCUCCGCGUCGAGGACAUCGCGCUGGAGGUGGCGGCUGACCAGACCGUGGCGUCCGCGCUGGUGGAGGCCUACCGCAACGGCGACGUCCGCACCCGGCAGACCGCGGAGCGCGCGCUCCGCCACCUGGACAGGAUCCCCAACUUCUCCAGCGCCUUCCACCAGGCCAAAGGCAGGGCAUGA